AGUUCAGAAAGAGAAAAGGCGAGGUGACAGUAGGAGGGAGAGGAGGAGCAAGAAAAAACGACUUGAGUAGUGCAUGAAGGAAAGUGAGAGCAACAGAAGGAUUGUGGGGUGGACAUGGGUCUGUGUGCUGUGUUGUUGAUUUGUCUCUCACAGACAGAGCUGACCAGAGUGUGGGCUCAGGAGCAGAGAGGUAUAUAUCACGGGCAGUCAGUGAAGGCUAAUGGAGGUCCAUCAGACAACCAGAGAACAAAAAGAGACCAGGAAGAUUUCAGCAGACGUACUCAGAACAGAACUGGACAAGAGUCAGCCAACAGGCUAUCCAUUGACAUAUUCCCUGACAAUUUGACAGGAGUGGCGCAGGACUCCCAGAGGUACUACUCCUGGCGCAGUUUUGGUCCAGGUGACAAACGAACACAGGAUCUUUGGGUGGAUCUUGAUUCAAUGCAUCAAGCACCUGAUCAAGGAGUGCACGCUAUUCUAUCCAACACACACAGACAAGCAUCGCGGGUGGCACUGACGUUUGACUUUCUUUUCUAUGGACAUCAAGUGAGACAAAUCACCAUAGCAACUGGAGGGUUUAUUUUCACUGGAGAGAUAACACACCGCAUGCUGACAGCGACGCAGUAUAUUGCUCCACUCAUGGCAAACUUUGACCCCAGUUUUUCUAAAAACUCCACUGUGAAGUAUCUGGACAAUGGUGACAUAUUUGUGGUGCAGUGGGACAAAGUGAGGCUGAAAGAUCGAGAGACUGAAGGAGCUUUCACUUUCCAGACUGUUCUCUGUCAUAACGGGACCAUUGUUUUCAGCUACAAAGAUGUUCCAUUGCCUGUAGAGAAAAUCAACUCCACUGAGCAUCCAGUGAAAGUGGGACUGUCUGAUGCUUUCAUGGGUCUUUUGUCUUCUCCACAAUAUCCAGAUGCUAAACGACGGACAAUUUAUGAAUACCAUCGGGUGGAGAUUGACACAACAAAGAUUGUCAAUACCUCAGCAUUUGAAUUCACCCCCUUACCAACCUGCCUCCAGCAUAAUACCUGUGAACAAUGUAUCCAGUCCAAUCUAACAUCAGGCUGUGGGUGGUGCAAUACUCUUCGAAGGUGUUCAAAUGGAAUUGACCGAUACAGGCAAGAAUGGCUGGACUACAGUUGCUCUGAGGAGGCAAAAGGCACAUGUGGCAAUUAUGCACAGAGAGGACCAGAUAGUACAAUCAGCCCUUUUAAUUCAUCAUUGUCAGUGAUGACUCCUUCCCCUGCAACUCGACCUGUCAGUCCUGUGAACGAAGAUGACACUAAUCUUCUCUUUUAUCAACAUGGCAAUGGUGAGGAAGAAACACCAGAACACACAGCCAUCAUUGCAGGUGUAGUGACAGCUUUAGUUCUACUGGUGUUCUUGACCCUGUUGGCUGUCUACUACAUCAACACACAUCCAACUGUUGCUCCUCCUUUCUACCUCAUGCAGCGUCGGACCAAUAACUAUUGGCCCUCGAUGAAGUUUCGGAAUCAAGGAUGCCAUUCCAGCUAUGCUGAGGUUGAUCUUGGUGGUUACGAAAAAGAGGGGUUUAUAGAAGCAGAGCAGUGCUGAAGCAGGCAGGUCUUUCUGUUUAAUGCAUGGACUAAAGAGAGUUAUUUUGUAAUUUUUCUUGAAUGAUUGUCAAAUGCGCAGUGAGAGGAUGCCACUGUUGAGGGUAUAUGUAAGAGAUUUUGUGAUUAUUUAAAAUAUAAUUUGAGAGUUUUUGGAGUUUUUCUCUGUCGCUGUCUCUCCAUAGUUGGCAGUCAAUCUUAAAACACCUUUUAUGCAGUUGUUUUUAAUAAAGGAAGUUUUUACGUUCUAAGAGGUACUAAUUAUAACAAAGACAUGGUAAUUGUGACCAGCAAAUCUGCUAAUUACACUCCAUGAGAAUUGAAUGUGUGUUAGUCAAAUUGAUUGCAGGUUAAUGUACAGUGUCACAUAUCUUUAUAGAUUUUCUUUUCUUUUUCAGUUUUUUAAGACAUUUUGUGAUGAAAUGUAUUCAGUGGAUGAACAUUGCUCUCAAGUCCACAUGGCUAAUUGAGUAUUAUGCAUUCAGAUAGCUUACUUUAGUAUUAAUGAUAGCCUAAGUAAUGGCACACUUUUUCGCCCCGUCAAGUUAUGCCCUGUCAUUUAGUCCUACAACUGAAACUCAAUUUGCACAUAAAAUAUUACAUAUAUAUAUAUAUAUAUAUAUAUAUAUAUAUAUAUAUAUAUAUAUAUAUGAUAUUAUAUAUAUAUAUUUUAUAUAUAAAUAUAAUUUAGCUUCUCUGAGAAUUUAACAAGUGUAUUUCCAAAGCUGUUUGUAGAAGUAAAAUGUGUUUUCCUGUUGAAUGUAUUAUCUGACAUUAGAAAUCCAUGUGACAAAAAAAAAAUCAUUGUGUUGCCAGGGUUGCAUUUACAACAUACAGAUUGCUUAUUGUAA